CACCGAACGCUCCGACGAUCGCUCUUACAUGCAUCAACUUAAUUCAAUCCCGCCUCUUCUACUUCAUCCCUAAUAUUCCCUAUAUUCAUUAGGUUAGGUACUUACUAGCAGGACGUCAAAAAAGGUGGCUCACCUAGCAGGAUAAUUGUUAGUAGAGGUACGUCAGUUAUUUUGACGUCUUUCGGCCUACCUACCUACCUACCUAGGUACCUAUUCAGCAAAAAAGGAGUCAAUAAGUCAAGUCAAGUCCGGUCCGCAACCAUGGCUCCCCUCGACGAAGCCCACAAAACCCGCAUCAUCUCCCACAUGAACGCCGACCACUACCGGGAGUUGGAGCACUACCUACGCGCCUUCAACGGAUUAUCCGCUUCUGCUUCUCGCGGCGCGCAACUAACGGACAUGACUACGGACUCCAUGACGAUCCGCACCGCAUCCGGCACCACCCACUCCGUCGCCAUCAAACCGCCCCUAGCCUCUGCCGCUGACGCGCGCGUGCGCCUCGUCGACAUGGCCAUGGAAGCGUUGCAGAAGCUCGGCCUCAGCGACAUCCGGAUUACUACCAUUACGCGGCCCCAGGGUAUAGGCGCCGCGACAUUCCUAGGUGUCGCUCUGUACAUAGUCUGCGUAGCUACGUUACCGCUAGUACAGCCGGGCACUGCCGCCUGGACGCUCUUGGACGAGUACUUUCCCUUCGGGGGCGUAACGCGAUACUUCUGGGUCGUGCGCGCGAUCCUCGUGCCGACCGUGGUGCUGCACUUGUUCGAAGCGUGGUGGAUGACGCGGUCGCGGCUAGAAAAGCACGGCGUCGAGACAUUUAGUACGUUGUGGCUCUUGUGGAUCGGGGACGUUCUGAUGGAGGGGUAUCCGGCCAUGGUUCGUUUCGACGGGCUCGUGGAGGCGGAGCGGAAGAAGAAGGAGAGCGGGAAGCAUUGAGGGUUGUUAGGAGUGCUUCAUUGUGGAUGCAAUGGCUAUACAGAGGAAUAGACAGACAGAUAGUGUUAUAUACCUAAGGUACUAAUUAAUAUUAGCUAAGUGGGCAGCAAUGUAUUUAUCAUCCCAACUAAUAACAUCAACAUCAUGAAAG